AUGCAUCGUAAUCAAGGUGUUUUAACAACUUUCUUGUCCGACUCUGAUUCUGAUGAUCUCGAGAUGCUCGUAGAAGCAACAGAAGAGGAGGAAGUUGAGAGAGAAAGACAACGCACACAUCGCCGUGGUUCAGUUUCUGGUAGAUGCGUCAUUAAUUGCAAUAGAGGUGAAGGUCAUAAUAGAAUUUAUCGUGAUUACUUUUCUGAUAAUCCUGUAUAUCAUGGUGUUUAUUUUAGGAGAAGAUUUCGUAUGCACAGACCUCUAUUUUGUAGAAUUCUUUCUGGUGUUGAAGCAUACGAUCCCUACUUGGUCCAAAAAAAGGAAGCAGUAGGGAUCCCCAGUUUAUCAUCUCUUCAAAAGGUAAUUGUUGGAUAUAGAAUUCUUGCUUAUGGAGUUCCAGCAGAUUUUCUGGAUGACCACAUACGCAUAGGUAAAAGCACUUUUAUUGAGAGCCUACGUCAUUUUGUGAAAGCAAUUGUUGCCCUUUACGCUGAAAAAUAUUUAAGAGCACCAAAUGAAGAUGAUUUGUCUCAAUUGCUCCAAGUCAACGAGCAACGUGGAUUUCCUGGAAUGCUUGGAAGUAUCGAUUGCAUGCACUGUGGAUGGAAAAAUUGUCCAUCCGCAUGGCAAGGUAUGUACUCUGGUCAUUAUCGUAAACCGACUAUUAUAUUGGAGGCGUUUGCUUCACAAGAUCUUUGGAUAUGGCAUGCCUUCUUUGGAAUGCCAGGCUCGCUCAAUGAUAUUAAUGUUUUAGAAAGAUCUCAUGUCUUCUCAGCAUUGACCAGCGGUCUUGCACCUCCGGUCAAUUUUAUUGUCAAUGGACAUAAUUAUCAUAUGGGCUAUUAUCUAGCAGAUGGUAUUUACCCUUCGUAG